AUGUCGGAAAGGCUAAGACCGAAUGCUGUCUCGGAAGUUGUUGAGCUUUCGUAUUGGACCUUUGCAUUAUGCUACUCAUAUUGGGUGUUAAAGCACACGUAUCUGAACAAUUAUCUUGAAGACUAUGAAAUUGGUUUACCACCACCGUACUACCGUGGAAUCGCCAUUAUUCACGCUUUAAUGUCUGCACUUCAUGCAAUAUGUAUUUUUUUGAUGCUAGGUGGAUCGAUAUGGCAGCGAUCUCUUGCCUUUACUCCGUGGGCAAGUUGUCAGGCAAAAGAAGAGAAUGACGAUGUAAGCUCAACACGAAAUAGCUCGUUUGUCGCUCGAAGUAUUACAAGAAUCUACUCUACAAUAUCGGAUCGUCAUGGUCUAUUUGGGGUCAAUGGAAUGCAUUUUCAUAUUCUACUCAUUCUUCGAGAAAUCAUCGAGACAGGCUUGCAAACUUAUCAGGCGUAUCGCAUGAGCCAAUUGUUACCAAAUGUGCUGCUUAAUCGCUUCUUUGUUCUUAUGUUAGCAAUAAAUUGCUGGUCAUCAGUUGUAGUCUACUCAAUCUUUUUAAAAUGGGAUGAAGCGUCUAGACGCUUUACGUGUAUUUUCUUGGAUUGUGUUCUUGACCUCAUUGCAUGUAUGGGUGUGGAGCUCAUGAUUGUCUUACGUUAUGCAAAAGACUACGAUUUGGAGAUGCGAGGGUUUUGGGAUUAUACGUGGCAAGAUGGUGAGUGGGCUGCGCGAGCUCUGAAUGAGUUCCGGUUGGUUUUCGUCGUUUCAUGGACAGAUCUUGCAAGUCGAGUUGUAUUCGCAUUAGGCUUGCUACUUACGACAACGAAUAUGAAGGAAUUACUGCAACGACAUGCAGACCACACAACUACUCCAAUGAGUUCUUCAGGUGCUGGUACGAUAAAGGGUCAGAUUUUGGGGAGCACACUAUGUAAAGUUGUCCCCACAUCGCCCAAUUUGAAAGCAGAAACAUCGACACUGAAAGACGAACAGUGUAAGAUGACGCUUCUUGUUGAAUCUAAGGACACUUAUCGUGGUACCAAGCUACGUACUCAAUGUGCGCGAUUCAUGCUGCGUGCGGCCCAUUUACUCUUUGGAAUAUGGGGCAUUCUGGUGCUAGGGCUUCACAUUCAUGCAUCAGUGCAGCCAACGCUCCGUCAAUGCUUACUUCAAGUACGUCCGUGGGCAACUUCACGUCCAUACUGUUAUUUAGUCGGUCUAGAUUGUCAUACAUUGGAAAUUUCAGGUCGAAUCGAAGAGGUUGAGAAAGUAUGGAGUGAAUUCGACAGCUCUAGUGUCGUUCAGCUCCUCAUUUGCCAUUGUCCAGCGUUAAGUAUGCCAUCAUUAAUCAGCGAAUUCCACAAACUCCAUGGCGUGAAGGUAUACAAUACGACGAUUGUCGAAUGGAAUGAAUCUGCUGCAUUUACAAGCAUGAAUCAUCCUGACAUUCUCUCACUUUACAUUGUACGCGUCAAUAUGACGAACGGUGUUUUGCCUCCCGGUUUUCAAUCGAUUGAUUUUCCCUCGAAUCUCUUUGACAUUGCACUUUGUGUCACAAAUUUGCGAAUGAUUCCGGACGACUUGGACUCGAAAUGGCCUCGAACUGCAACACUUUUGAUUGAGUACAGUCAGCUCACGAGUGUCUAUCCAGUGCUGUUGCGUCUUGAGCCCAAAUACUUGGCUCUAACCGGCAAUCCCAUUACAGACGUUCCGGCCGAGGUGUUUGAAAUUCCUGGCCUCCGAACGUUGGGACUUGCAGAUUUAAACAUUACUGAGCUACCUCGUUAUGUAAACCCUGUUUCGACACUAAACUCAAUAUUUCUAGAGAACACGAGUAUUUCGUUCUUUUGGCCAUGGAUAGAUGAUCUCAUUACAACCGAGUCCUUCGGUGUCCUCGUACCUAUCAAUUCUCCUUACUGCAUCGAUUAUCUCAAGAUUUUUGACGGCACUGCGGACACGUUUAGCAGUCCUCCAUCCCCCGAACACGCGUCGAUUUUAAUGGAUCCUUCCCAAGCCAUUGGAACAUGGAAUAUCGUAUGCGAUGGAGCCAGCGCUGUCAACACAUAUUAUUACAUCACCCUUGACGACGAGAUUAUCGCGAUAAGUCCUCCUCCCGCAUUGAUCAGGCCUUAA